AUGAUUAAUCCAAGCUGCUUUAAACGAACUUUGAAUGCGGGGCGUGGAUCACCACCCGAUUGGUGUGAUGGUACCAAAGCGAUUUUCCAUUAUCAAGCUCUUGCCCCGAUUGAUCCUAUUAAAAAAGGAAAUGGAAUGCCGGAAGGAAUAGAUGCUUAUCGUGUAGUUGAUGACACAAGGAAAACAUGGCCACAUGGUUAUGGGAAGCCUCUCGUAUUGAUUUUUGGCAAAAAAUUUCAACUUCCAGUAUUUGAAACUUGUUUGAGAAGUAUGCUUGUUGAUGAGGUAUCUCAGUUUGACGUGGAACUUAUCGAGCUGGUACAAUAUCCAUUUAUUUCCAAAAAACUUCGCGAUAUAUCCAAACCCAGCGAUGGCAAUCAUAAUCAUGAUCAUGGUCACAUGUGUGCGGCGAGCAUGACUAACGGUACAGGAUAUAAGGAACUGGACGAGCUGCUAAAGAAUCCCCGUCCACUUCGAUUUAUUAUUCAUCUUUUAAAAGUAUUCGCGCCGGAUGAGUAUGUACCUGACUCGUGGCAGUUGAAUGAAAAGGAUAAAUUGGCAUCGGUUGAGAGUAUUCGAUUAAAAGGAAACCAAUUAUAUAUAAAAAAAGAAUACAAAGCUGCAAUAGAAUUGUAUAAGGAAGCUUUGACUAGGUUGGACACCCUUUUGCUUCGCGAAAAACCUGGGGAUCCGGAGUGGAUUGAUUUGGAUAGAAAAAAUAUUGCUUUAUAUUCGAAUUUGUCGCAAUGUUAUUUAAAUAUUGGAGAUUGUCAUGAAGCAGAGGAGACUUCUACAGAAAUUGUAUUAACUCAUCAUGAAGACAAGCAGUUAGACCAGAAGGAGUUGAAGAACUCAAUUCGGGAAAUGUUCAAUAUGGCUGAUACAAAUAAAGACGGCUUUCUUGAGAAUGCAGAGCUUUUGACAAGAAUACGACAUAAUUUCUUAAAGCAUUUAGAGAAAUCAACGCACGAAGCUAAAGAAUCAUUUCACGUAAUCGAUAAAGAUGCCAGUAAAUUUUUGUCUUGGGGCGAGCUGCUGCCGUUUUUCAAUCAUGAAAAUGAUGAUCUGGGCCAAAUAAUGAAAAAUUUUCAUACUUGCGAUGUUAAUAAUGAUUCCCUACUGGAUCAAUGGGAAUGGCUAAGCUUUUUGCAUCCCGAGCAGGAUCGGCAGGCGCUAUUGUUAAUGACGAAAAAAGUACUAGCCAUUUAUGACAAGAAUGAGGAUGGUAUGGUUUCGCGGAAAGAGUUCAUCAAUUAUUUACCAGGAAAUGUCGAUAAAUCUAACCUCGAGUAUUAUCAAUUGGAAAAUGAGGAAACGAACAGAAGAAGGAACGAUUUCGACAUGGAUGUUGACGUGAAUCAGGAUGGGUUUGCUACGAUUACUGAACUUUUUGCAUAUGUGAAUCCAAGAAAUCCAAAUUUGGCGAAAAAUGAAGUUGCAGAACUAAUUCAACUGGCCGAUGCAAAUAAUGAUAAGCUGUUGACUCUUGAUGAGCUUCUCAAUCGGGAUUGGCUUCUAGCCCGGUCUUCUUUACUAUCGGCGAGACACCGGCUGCAUGAAGAAAUGUAA